AUGCCGGCAAGCAAACAUCCUGUGAAAAUCAAUGUUGACCUGGGUGAAGGUUAUGGCAACUUCAAGUGUGGGCCAGAUGAACUACUGCUACCGCUGAUCGAUCAUGCCAAUGUGGCAUGCGGCUUUCAUGCUGGCGACCCGUUGAUCAUGCAGCAGACUGUUCGUGAGUGCAAGAAGCACAACAUCGCCGUAGGCGCACACCCUGGUCUGCCUGACGUUCAAGGGUUCGGCAGGAGGGAGAUCAAGAUGUCACCUGAAGAGCUGACAGCAAUGACACGGUACCAAGUGGGCGCGCUCAAGGCCUUCUUGGACGCUGAGGGCAUGCCCUUGCAUCAUGUCAAGCCACAUGGAGCACUCUAUGGCAUGAUGUGUAGAGACAAGGAUGUUUGCCGGGCAGUGUACGAAGGCGUACCCAAAGGCACUGUUGUUUUCGGUCUAGCAGGGACCUUACAAGAAGAAGUCGCCAAAGAGCUCGGCUUGCCCUUCGUUGCGGAGCUAUACGGAGAUGUCAAGUAUAGCAAGGACGGAACGUUGGUCAUCGACCGGAAGAAGAAAUCCUGGGAACGUGAAGAAGCUCAAUCUCACAUUAGAAGCCAAGUCGAGAAUGGCACCGUGACCGCCGUGACAGGCGAGGAAGUGCAAUUACCUCUCGGCGACCACCCGGUUUCUCUCUGCUGCCAUUCAGACUCACCGGGCGCCGUCGAAAUUGUGACAGCAGCACGCCAGAUCAUCGACGAUUUCAACAAGAAGAACUUCCCGCAGUCGUAG